AUGUUCUCCUCCAAAAGAGCCGAUAAGUACACCACAGGGCUGAUCAAUACACGGAACGAUUGCUUUGCCAAUUCCUCGAUACAGGCGUUUGCAUCCUUGCCGGAGUUGACGAUAUACCUCAACGAAAUCUAUAGAGAUCAGUCGUUGAUCUCAUGUCUGCCUCUACCGCAUACUGACGACGACCAGAAUGAGGUCCCUCGCCUACGUCUACACGAGGCAUUGGCAAAGAUCGUCAAGCAACUUCAAGAGCCCAUCAAGUCUAAAAAGUACAUCUCUGUUUGGCCACUAUUGCAUGUCAUAGAGGCGAUCUUCAACCUCAAGAUCUCUCAAAAUCAGAACGAUGCUCAAGAGCUGGUUCAAUUGAUUGUGGAAACACUGGGGAAUGAACAUAAGAAGUUGAAGAAAUACGUUGCAAAGAAUGCUUUGAACGUCACAGUCCCUGACUUCCCUUUUGAUGGACUCGCUGCAGAUCAGCUCACCUGCUAUUCUUGUUUGAACUCGUCAAGGCCUUCAUUCCACCCGUUCUCGAUGCUGUCACUAUCAGUGCCUCAGGAGACGAGAGCUACAUUAUACAACAUGAUCAGAUCAAACGAAUUGCAGACGAUUAACGGUUAUCAUUGUCUAAGAUGUAAAGUUAAGGCCAUAUUGAAAGUUGAGGAUGAGAAGAUGGCUAAGAACGUUGCCUUGGACGAGGAGCAAUCCCACAUCAUCUCAAGGUUGAAGAUUCUAGAACCAAGUUUAACCAUUAACGAUGACUUGGAAGAGCCUCUCAACUCAUUUGUGAAGAAUUACAAGUUCGAGGGCUUCGCUACGGAGAAUUUACUUUCAACCAUUGUUAAGAAGACCUUGAUUAUUAGACCACCUUCUCUGUUGACGAUUCACCUCUCCAGAUCUGUUUUCGUCUCAAAUCAUAUACAGAGAAAUGGUUGCAAUGUGAUAUUUCCAGAUCUGUUAGAUAUCCAAGAGUUGAACGCUAGAAAGGGAAAUCCACGUUACAGGUUAAAAGCGAUGGUUAGACAAAAUGGAACUCAUAACGCGGGCCACUACGAAUGUUAUCGUCAUAAGCCAGAAUUGGUUAAGGAUAAGGAAACUGGCAAUGUUAUCAACCGUUCGCCAACCAUUCAUUGGGGUGAGGAACCGUCUCAGUCGGCCUCAUCGUCACAACCACCAUCACCAGUGGUACAGCCAAAACCACACUCUGGUCUUCAACAAGCUUUUAAUGAGAGUAUUUCUCGUGGUUCAGCAGACGGAUUAGAUUCUGAUGACGAUUCACACUUUUCAAGAUUCAAAACUCGUUUGGGAGGCUUGGUUUCACGUCGUUCUUCGUUAAGCUCCAGUCCAUCAACUACAAGCCGUCGUAACGUUUCAUCGACACCGACCAACAAUCUUGAUGAGCUCUGCGAAAGCACUGGAAGUCUCGGUAUAAACCACCCACCUUCUUCGCCUUGUCAGCAACCACAAGAUCCAACCUCUUUUAAGAAGAUAUCAACUGUUACGAAGUAUCCAUUCUGGAGAAUCUCAGAUAGUACAGUAACAGAAGCCAGAAAAGAUGAUGUCCUGAAAGAGAAUUGGGCAGUCUAUAUGCUCUUCUAUGAAAUUGUUCGUGAUUGA